UUGCGACUCUGCAACCGGAGCUUUUUAGUUUCUUUAUCGUUUUCAAAAGGCAAACAGAGAAACCCUAGAGAAAACCUCAAAUUCCUUACUUUUGAAUUGCGACCAGUGCAAUUGAAAAUGUCAUUUUCUUCAUAUUGCCGUCGAGCUGUUAACGGAUCCGUUUCUUUGAUUACUUCGAGGAUUAGCAGCUCUCAGAUGAGAUCCAAGCAUUCUAUCAGCCGUGCUCAAAAUGUGAGCUCUGAAAGGCCACUUAGGCAAUUUGUUUCAGGUAAAGACAAGUCAGCAGGUAGAAACUCAAAGGGUCGUAUCACAAUUUUCCACAGAGGGGGAGGGGCAAAACGGUCACAAAGAACAAUUGACCUAAAACGCAACACUUCAUCAAUAGGUGUAGUUGAAAGAAUCGAAUACGACCCAAAUCGCACUUCACGGAUCGCAGUGGUCAGAUGGGUCGAAGGGGCAGCCGUUGACCGCCCGAAAAAAGUCAACUCCCUCCAAAAAAACUUCACCCCAUCUCCCAAGAUCCUACCCUCCAUCUCCAUCAAAGGUCAGUUUUCAUUCUCUUCAAUUCCCGGAAUGUUAGAAGACAAAAAGGUGGAAUCUUUAAGGCCUAAAACAGAUCAUGUAGUGGUUGGACUUCCAAAAGGUAGGACUUUGACUAGUCAAAGUCAAAGUCAAACGGGGAUCCAAAUGAGAAACGUGAAGGAUAUUUUCCUAUCUGCUUUUUCAUCUUCAAAUGGGAAAAAAAGACAUAAUGCUCCUUAUUCGUUUGUGAACGCGUUGGGUGUUCCAAGAAUGGCGGUGGCAGGGGCAAAACCGGAAUUUUUUGUUCCAAGAAUGAAAGAUGAUGUGAAAGAGAAUGAAAGUUUGUUGCUUAAUGAGGUAAAAAGGUGGGAUAAGGAUAGUGUUGUGUGGGGGCAUAAGAUGAAACGAAAAGCCGCUGUUUCUUGGGGGAGUUUGAGGCAAAGGGGGAUUUUAGGGGUUGUUAAUGAGUCAAAGUCAAAGUCAAAGGUGAGAGAAAGUGAAAAGGUGGAAAAAGAUGGGAAAUUUGGAGUGGAUCGAGCACCUGUGAGUUAUAUAUUGGCUACACAUCAAAUGGAAGCGGGGAAGAUGGUGAUGAAUUGUGAUUUGACUACAAGAUCAAAUGAUGAAUUUAGAUACUGAUUUUGAUUUUGAAUAUAGAUUCAAGAUAUGACAAUUGUUGCUUUCGUAUUUGUAGUUGUUUUGAAUUUUGAUGAUGAUGAUUUGUAUGUUUGUUUAUUUUGUUUGUUUGGUUUUUUUGAAAGUUCUUGGGUUAAUGCAUAACAAUGAUCUAGAGAUAA